AUGUCGAAGAUGGCAACGAGGAGUGACAGAAAACGUAGAGUAGUGGCCGAGAAACCGGUGCAUGACAGCACCGUUUUCUAUCAUUGGGCGAUAAAGCUUCUAGGUCUUGGUUUUGGUUGUUUGCAUCGGUGGCAUGUGUCCACGCUGUUCGAGAAUGACCGACACUUCUCUCACCUCUCGGAGAUCGAGCGAGAAAUGUCCUUCCGGACAGAGAUGGGGAUGUAUUAUUCCUAUUAUAAGACCAUCGCUGAAUCUAAAGAUUUUUUUGACGGGAUGAACCAGCUUAGCCAUGACAAUCUGUCAGAGUACAAUAACGUCAUUGAUGCCAGUAGAAAAUAUAGUCUUUUACCUGAGAUUAUAACAGGUUUCCUUUAUCAUAUUGCAAGGAAUCUUGGUGUCAUAUCUCAAGAACAAUGUUGGCAGGUAGAAAGAGGAGAUGGUUUGUCACCUGUAACUAGCUGUGAAGGCCUAGGUGUACCUGUAUACUUCUAUUUAGAGAUAAUCUGGUUUAUGACAGUUAUCACAGGAUCCAUACUCUUUUACUAUGCAACGUACUUGAGCAAUUCCGUUUACGGUGGACUUAUAACGAUCCUGUUCUUCUUUUUUAAUCACAGUGAAUGCACUCGUGUUCAAUGGACACCGCCGUUGCGAGAAACUUUUGCGUACCCCAUGUUACUUAUUCAAAUGUACAGUGUUACUAUGGUCAUUAGCUGUGAAGAUAAGAAAACAAAACAAAGGCUAUUUAUGAGUAUAUUCAUCUUGACAAUUUAUAGUUUAUGCACCUGGCAAUUUUCACAUUUUAUUUUCACUACGCAGAUUAUAGCCAUUCUCAUAUUAAAAUGGCUGAGAAUUGUUCCAUACGAAUUCUACAAAAAUUUUUGUAUGGUUCACGCCUUAGCAAUCACAAUAGCGACUAAAAUAACAAACGGGACUCUCAUAAUCUGUUCGCUCUACACUUGUAUUAUAAUCAGCAGUAACGUGGCCAAUUUUAUAAUAAAAUUGUCUCGAUUUCAAAACAUUAAGCGAGAAAUUAUUCUCGAAAUUGCUAUAACGAUAACUCUUACAAAAUGGAUAAAAUCUUACGUUCUAUAUUCUGAAGACGACGCCCACGUGUUUAACAUAUUGAAAUCCAAAUUAACAAGCUACAGAGACUUCCACACUAUGCUUUAUACAUGUUCCGCAGAAUUUGACUUUCUGCAGUACAAAACUUACGAGGCAAUUAUCAAGACUUUGUUACUACCAACAGCGAUACUCGUUGGUAUGCUUGCACUGUAUUACUGGUACAGAAAUUUUAAGACGAACCAUUAUCCAUGCUGCAUAGAGGCCGAUAUAGCAUAUAAUGGCCUGCAAACUGGCGCCUUCAUCAUUAUGGCCGUUUUCAUUAUGAGAUUAAAGCUAUUUAUGACACCUCAUCUCUGCAUAAUAGCUGGUGCCGUGUGCAGCAAACGAUAUCUCGAAAAAAUCGGCUUAAAAGGUGAACUCAUGCGGCUUGCCAUUGUUAUCCUUUUACUGGGAGGCAUGUCAUAUCACGGCAUCGACAGAUUUCAAGAGGAACGUGGAUUUAUAGGUGAAUAUAGUAAUAUUGAACAAGAAGAGUUAUUUGAAUGGAUAAAAAAUAAUACGCCGAAACACGCCGUAUUUGCGGGAAAAAUGUCAUUGAUGGCGAACUUAAUGCUAUCCACUAGGAGACCGAUCGUUAAUAAUCCUUAUUACGAGAGCAAAGAAAUGAGAGAUAGAACUAUGAAAGUCUACGAGAUUUUUAGUCGAAAAGAUGCUGCCUCUGUGUAUGGUUCUUUGAGAAACAUGAAAGUUAGUUACGUCGUAUUAGAGGAACCAUUGUGCCUUGGAUUUGCAAAUAUGCCACGUGGAUGUCAAAUGAUUGAUUUAUGGGACGUAACUGAUAAUGGAACGGCGAAAGCAGCAAACAAACCGCCUUUAUGUCCCCUUUUAUUCAAAGGAAAUGCGUAUCCAUUCAGAAGAGCGUUUGUUAACAGCAACUAUGUCGUACUGCAAUUGGAUUAUUCACAUUACGUAGAAUUUAAACCAAAGACUUCUGUGCCAUUGCACUAUCAAUUUUAGAAUUCUACGUUUUUUAAAACGAAACAGGAAAGAAUAUAAAGAAUACGGGAUACCUUCGUGAGACUACGAAAGCCUAUUUUUAUUGAAACUGAAGUAUUAUCAUCUAUAUGAAGAAAAUAGUAUACAAAUAUAUAUUUUUAUAUCAUAAAGAUUCACGGGUAAGUUAAACAUUAACACUUGUAAAAAUUUAAGUAUAGCCUUAUAUACAAUUUGUGAAGAGACAUUAAAAUAUUUUUUUAAAACAAUGUUCUCGACAUUACAAAAUCGGGUUAUUUUCUGUUUAAAAAAGAAUACAAUCUUUAUUUUAACAUAGAAAUCUCUGCUAAGACAUACACGGAAAGAAUGAUUUUACCGAAGUAAUCUAAAAAUUUAGUUCAAUUCUGAAACAAUUUUGUUGAUCAAAAUAAUUUAUGUAGGACACUCAAGCACACGCUGAUUGAUAAAAUGUAAAAACUUUUUUGCAGGAUUGUUAUGCUAAGCGACCUACAUAUUCGAAAAUCUGAUGAAAUUAUUUUCAGAUCUAUAACUACAUUUUCUUAGCUACUUUAAUAAAAAACCAUUCUUUCCAUAUGCAGCUAUUAACAAAAUGUACAGAAUAUAUUAGUAACGUUACACUUGCUAUAUUUCAUAUAACAGUGAAUUAUUAAAAUUAAGUUAAAAUUAUAUUGUUUAAAUUUAAAAUUAAUAAGAAUGAGAAUUAAGAUAAUGCCUCAUUUCACAAUGUGAUGUACAUAAUUGUGAUAAUUUUCUUAUAUUUAAUAUUAUCGCCCUCUUGUCGAUAUGCUCGAAAUUUGACGACGCGAAUAUAUACUCCAUUUAAUCGCAUAUUGUGUUCACAUUCAUCCACUACAUGAUAAACAUAAGACAUCUGUGCCAAUAUCAAGCACUAUUUAUAUUUAUACAACCAUUACAAAUUACAUUCUCAAAUUUAAAUUUCUUAUCGAUUAACGAGCAUUUCGUAAUACGCAUAUUGGACAAUAAUUCUCCACGCUUUAUCGAUUAUGCUUAUUAAGAUUGCACAAUUACUCAAUCGUAAUACGACCAUAAAUGUUAUCGUAAUUGUAAUGAUGAGAUUAUUAAUAAAAAAAAAAGAACAAUGCGACAAAACAAAAAAUAAUUAUGCCAAAAAAUUAA